GAGCACACGCAGGCGCGCUCUUAUAUCUAUCUACAUUUUGCCUAUGCCAUAUCGUGUAGAAUAGUCUACAGAGUAUUUGUCUUUGUCCUAUAUAGCCCAGUAGUGCACUUGUUUUUUUCAUUUACUGAGGCUAAUUUAUGCAGCUGCCAUGACCAUUUUAUCCUGACGGGGACUGACUGAUGUCUUUAACAUUUCCCACUACUCUAUCGCAAGAGCCUUUCGGAAGCACCUGCAUCAACGCGCAAAGGAAGGAGCCCGUUGUUUUCUACCGCGGACAUAUGAACUCAGGACAUUUACGCUUUGGAUAAAGGCUGCCCGUAGCCAUGCAACGGCACCUCACAUCAAAGAUUCUGUGGGGAAGAAGAUGCUGCUUUGAAACUGGAGCAUUGUUAACCAUGAUGUAGAGGUUCCUUCCGGCUAAAUCGGGUUGGAUUAUGUAUCCCGCGAUAGGCUUGCUGGCGAGUUUACGUUGCACUGUGAUUUGAACCUCAGUUUUCCUAAGGUGAUCCAUGCCUCUGUUUUUUUGCCUUUGUCAAUAUGUCCCCAGCAUCGGCUGCCACGGCCAGUGAGAGCAGCACCACUACCGUUCCAGAGGAGGACACAGAGGAAAGCCCCCGCGAGGAGCAGCGGCCCCUGAAGCAGUCGCUCAGUAAAUCCCUGUGCAGGGAGAGCCACUGGAAAUGCCUGAUCCUGUCCCUGCUCAUGUACGGCUGCGUGGGGGCCAUGACCUGGUGCCACGUGACCAAGGUGACGCGCCUCUCUUUCGACAGUGCCUACAAGGUCAAGUCCAUGAUGUACCACGAAAGCCCCUGCUCCAACGGUUACAUCUACAUCCCUGUGGCCUUCAUGGUCAUGCUCUACGUGGUCUACCUGGUGGAGUGCUGGCACUGCCACACCCACAACCAGCUACAGCACAAGGUGAACGUGGAGAGUGUGGGAGAGCGUGUCGGGCGCAUGCAGCAGGCCACGCCCUGCAUCUGGUGGAAGGCCAUCAGCUACCACUAUGUGCGGCGGACACGACAGGUAACACGCUACCGUAACGGAGACGCAUACACCACCACGCAGGUGUACCACGAGCGCGUCAACACGCAUGUGGCCGAGGCGGAGUUCGACUACAGCAACUGUGGUGUGAAGGACAUAUCCAAGCAGCUGCAGGGCCUAGACUGCUUCCCUGUCACGAAGCUGAGGUUCACCAAGUGCUUUAGCUUCGCCAACGUGGAGUCGGAGAACGCCUACCUGACUCAGCGGGCCCGCUUCUUCACUGAGAAUGAGGGCCUGGACGACUACAUGGAGGCCCGCGAGGGAAUGCACCUGAAGAAUGUAGACUUUAAGGAGUACAUGAUUGCCUUCUCGGAUCCGGACCACCUGCCUUGGUACGUGUCCAACUACGUGUUCUGGACAGCCGCCGCCUUCACCUUCUCCUGGCCGCUGCGCGUGCUAACCGAGUACCGCACGGCCUACGUCCAUUACCACGUGGAGAAGUUGUUCGGCUUCGAUUAUGUCCCUGUCACACCAUCUGAGGAGCGACCAUACUGCCGCCACAUCCCUCGGGUCAACACCAUCGACAGCACCGAGUUGGAGUGGCACAUCCGCUCCAACCAGCAGCUGGUGCCCAGCUAUUCAGAGGCUGUACUCAUGGACCUGGCUCAGCUCUCGUCAGGUGGCGCGGGCAAUGCCAACACCUACUCAGUGUCCGGCGGCUACGGCAGCUAUCGGCAUAACUGCGAGCGCUGCCACCGCACCAUCAGCAGCUCGUCCAUCUUCUCGCGCAGCGCCCUGAGCAUCUGCACUGGGACUAGCCCGCGCAUCCCCUUCAGCGGCAGCCGCUUCUCGCUAUCGCGGCUGUACGGAUCACGGCGCAGCUGCCUGUGGCGGAGCAGCGGCAGCCUCAACGAGACAUCGUGCCCCACAGAGAGCACGCGCUGCCUGACACCGUCGGGCCAGCUGACUAGCGAGGAGAAUCCGCCAGACUACCAGGACGCGCUCUACUUCCCUGUGCUCAUCGUGCACCGCAACGAGGGCUGCUUGAACCACUCGCUGCACAGGAAUGGAUCCUGCGUGGAGACCUCUAUAUGACGCAGCACUGGGCCUCCCAGUCCAGACCUGAACAAGGAAUGUAAUGUUACUGUCCUUUCUCUGGGAGGACACUGACUGGAUAAUGAACCUUCAUUUUGGAUCUUUUUUUCCUCUCCAUUAGACCACAUGACACACCAGUGGCAUUCUGGAACCCUUCCAGACCUCUUCCAACACUGUUUAUUAAAGACAGUACUGAGUUAAAUGCACACUUUGCAGCCCAGCUCAUCACACAUGAGAUGCCCUCCAGUGAUAUGUUCAUCAUAGUAAGUAAUAGACUGUAACUAUCUCAAAGCAUGUAUGAAAAAAAACACAUUCAUAGGCAAAAUCAGACAGUCUGCGACAAAUGGACAUAAUGAUCUGAGAAUGAUAUUUGGAACGGACAUAUGCUGCGCGGAAUGCACACCACCACCAUUCUGGACCAAUCACAAUGCUCUGUUCAUAUCAGUUUCUGUUUCCUUAACCAAAGUGUCAUGUUAGCUUCCACACUAUCUAUAAAUAGAGAACAUGAAAAAGCAAAGUACACUAACAGACAUUUGGCCAGAGAAUAAACUCCACCUUAAAUCGUAGUGCAUUUUGCUGUUGUCAUAACCAGGUAGAAAAGAACUUCAAUUGGAACAUCUGUUUUCAAAGUUGGAUAAAAUGUGUUAUUUUGUAAGAGUCUUAGAAGGGAUGUCUUGUGACUGAAAAUCCCCAACACAGCUCAACACAGCUCAAGACAGCUCAAUGGUAGAGGCCUCCAACACAGCUCAACACAGCUCAAGACAGCUCAAUGGUAGAGUUUAAGGAACAUAAACAUGAUUUAUUCAAGCCUUAGAGAGCAAUUUGGAGAUGGGAAGGAAAACCAUGACGCCACAUUAAAUAAUUGAGAGCAAGAAAAGUUUAAAACAUCUGACUUAUUUUUCUAGUAAAUGCAUUACUGGAUCAUUUAAAUUAUGUUGCAGAUAUCAAAGUAAAUUCAUACAGUCCAUAAUUUGUUUCCCCUCUAGCUCAUGGUUCUCAAUGAAAAGCCUUAGACGCAGAUCUACAUUUUUUAUUAAAACAUUACAAUUUGAAACACAUUUGGGGCUAUGUGAUGGUGUAGUUGUUUGUUUUGAGGCCAACGAGAUUUUUGUACGGAAUGAAUGUUCUUUCAAGAUAAUGAUGAUGAGAGAUACAGCAGUUACAACAUCCAGUUAAUUAGCAACGGGAAUCAAAUAUCACAGGAUGCAAUAACAUUCCCACUUCCUGACCCUCUAAAUAUAGUAACAGUCAGAUCCAUGAAUAAUUUAGAUCAGGAGGACUAAAUGGUACAAAUACUUCAAACUGAAUCCAUGAGAGAAGUCUUUCAUCGCAUCAUUUUCCUUACUGUCAAAAUGACUGUCACUUCACUACAUGUUAAUGCAUUUCUGAUUGACUUAAUACAUACAACAUCAAUGUGAUUAUAUCAUGUCAGCUCAGCUGUCAAUAAUAACCUCAGCAUUGCAUAUCUCCUAUUUCCAAAUAAUAUUUGAACACAAAAUGAUUAUUAAUUACUCUAUGAACAAUCAUUUCCUUCAAACUACCUCUUCUUUGUUUUUGUGAUUUAAGUGCCUGACUGUGGGUGCUUUAAAGUUUGGCUUAAAACCACACCUAAACCACAUAGCACACCUACCAAUUCAUCUAAAACUACACCUUAACAACAUACUGUAGAUCACCUACCCAUUCAUCCAAAACCACACCCAAACAACAUACUGUAGCUCACCUACCCAUUCAUCCAACCAACCAACCAACCAACCAACCAACCAACCAACCAACCAACCAACCAACCAACCAGAAAUACAAAGGCAGCAACAGAGCAACUCAACUUUCACUGCAUCUCUUCUAAUUAGCAAUAUACUGAUGAGAUAGGACAUUUAAUUGAGGCUGGCACCAAUGAUCAGGCCCUGAAAACUUCAAGAUGUGCUUUGUCUAUUGUCAGAAAAAGUAGGUUUAAAAGCAAGACCAAGUGCUGAUUCUGAUGAUGCCCAUCAGAAACAGCCAUCACAGAGACCCAAAAUAGACUGAGGGCUGUGUUCAAACUGAUAAUGUCAGCUUUAGUAAUAAACCAGGAGGAUUUUUGAAGAUAUGAGAAUAAACACGAUCACAACUGAACAAAUGUUCUAUGUACUAAUGGCUUAUUUCCACUAGCAAAGUCUCAAAGCAAGGCAAGGUAAAUGUAAAAAUAAGUUCAAUAAAAGUGUAGAAUUCACACCUUGGACCAAUCACUUAUAAAGUACACAGAAAGGGUGCCCAGCUCAUGAAGUGAAAAAUCCAACCCACUUCUCCCAGUCCACUGAAAUAUACGCACACAUUUUGUAAAUAACUCUAUAAAUGAUUUUGAAGGAAGCGGUCAAAGGGCUUUGUUGCUGUGAUCAAACUAAAGCUAACCCUAGUAGCUGGAGUCAAUAU